AUGGACGCUUUGCAGGGAGUUGAGCUCUGCUACCCUCAGCUCCCGAACUCGUCCUGCAGGGGUUCACCGCGCCCUCGCCCCGGGGCCGCCCUGCUCUCCACGCUGCUCUCCUCCGUCACUCUGCUCACUGUAGCUCUCAACCUGCUGGUUAUCAUCUCCAUCUCCCACUUCAGGCAGCUCCACACUCCCACCAACCUGCUCCUGCUCUCCCUGGCCACCUCGGACCUCCUUGUGGGGCUGCUGGUGAUGCCGCUGGAAACAGUGAGACUCACAGUAACCUGCUGGCUGCUGGGUGAUCUCAUGUGCAUUCUGUCUUACGUUAUCGGCUUCACUCUCACCUCGGCCUCUGUGGGGAACAUGGUGCUCAUAUCCACCGAUCGUUAUGUAGCUAUUUGUCACCCUCUGCAGUACCCCAACAAAAUCACUUGCAGCAGAGUUGAGCGGUCUGUGUGUCUGUGCUGGGCCUGCUCACUUCUCUACAACGGGUUGUUGUUAAAGGACCAUCUCAGGCAUCCAGACAGACAAAGCUCCUGCUACGGCGAGUGUUUGGUGGUGAUUAACUACGUCCCCGGAGCCGUCGACCUCGUGUUCACCUUCUUCGGCCCCUGCUCAGUUAUCCUGGCUCUGUACGUGAGAGUGUUUGUUGUGGCGGUGUCUCAGGCUCGUGCCAUGCGGUCUCAUAUUGCGGCUGUUGCAGGCGGCUCAGUAAUAGUCACUGCAAAGAAAUCAGAGAAAAAAGCAGCCAGGACUCUGGGUGUUGUCAUAUUGGUGUUUUUGAUGACCUUCUGUCCAUAUUACUACCCGUCUCUUGCAGGACAGGACAUCAAAAACAGUGCCUCGUCCUGGCCAAUUGUGUCCUGGCUGUUGUAUUUUAAUUCUUGUGUGAACCCACUCAUAUAUGCUUUUUUCUAUCCGUGGUUUAGGAAAGCUAUCAAGUUCAUUGUCACCCUGAAGAUACUAGAGCAGGACUCCUCUCAUGCGAGUAUACUUUAA